UUCUGGGUAACAGAUCGGCUUCCCUGCACGUUGACAUUGGGAUAAGUAACCUCAGAGAGGAACGUUUCUCAGCUGACUUCAUUAACAGACAGGGCAGGAUGGGAGCCUCUAUGUCCACACCUGCUGCUCCUACAGUGAAGGCAGAGGCCAUGAUGGCUGCCCCUCCACAGGGCUGCCCCAUGCACCAAGAAGCCAAGCCCGUCACAGUGUCUCCACCUUCUGAGUGCCCCAUGCAUCAAGCUCAGCCUGUAAAGGUGUCUCCUCCAUCAGAGUGUCCGAUGCACAAACCAGAAGCAGGUCCAGUCCACCAGGACCGGGCCUAUGAGUUUGUGGAGUGUCCUAUGAAAGCUGCAGCAGGCAUGAAGAGUGACAUCGACCCAGCAAAUAUGAUGCCUCCUCCUAACCAAAUACCAGCUCCAGACCAGCCCUUCGACCUGUCGGUCUCCAGACAGGAGUCCACCAUUCCCCGUCACGGAACGGGCAAGAAGUGGGUUUACCCAUCUGAACAAAUGUUCUGGAACGCCAUGCUGCGGAAGGGGUGGCGCUGGCGUGACGAUGACCUUGCUCCUAACGACAUGACAAACAUCAUUAAAAUCCACAAUCAGAACAACGAGCAGGCCUGGCAAGAGAUCUUGAAAUGGGAAGCCCUGCAUGCAGGUGAAUGUCCGUGUGGGCCGACCUUGAAGAGGUUUGGUGGGAAAGCCAAAGAGUUCUCACCCAGGGCUCGCUUUCGCCACUGGAUGGGCUAUGAGCUGCCUUUUGACCGCCAUGACUGGAUCAUCGACCGCUGUGGGAAGGAGGUGCGCUACGUCAUUGACUACUAUGAUGGAGAAGUCAACCAAGAGACCUACCAGUUCUCCAUCCUGGACGUACGUCCCGCCUUUGACUCUUUAGAAGCCGUCUGGGAUCGCAUGAAGGUGGCCUGGUGGCGCUGGACCUCCUAAAGGACUCUGACGUGUAUAUAAGUCACUGUGUGAACUUCAUACACACACACGCAUACAAAGACUGUGAAUAUGGCGUUCCUCAUUUCAGCUCUUUGCAGCAUGUAUGGUGAAAAUAAACAAGACCCGUGGAGAAAAGCAAGUGAUAGUUUUAGCAGAACCUCACUCAGUUUAGCUGUAUGAAGCUUUGUCUGUUAAUCAUUGAUUUCAGUGGAAAAUAUAAUUUCAUGCUUGCAUUGCAGUUCACACAUCUUUAAAACGGCCUUGAACAUCUAAGCUAGUGGAAGUGUUUGUCAGACAGGUCACAUGGGGCUUCAAACUGCUUCUGGGAAUCUGUUCGGGGUUCACUCUGCUCUCAGUUCAAACACAACUACAGGAAAAGCUCGCUAACUAUUUUACUUACAAUUUUACAAAUGAACGUCAUCAUGAGGAGUACUGCUUAGCCUGUUAAAACGGUUUAACAAAAAAAGAUCUAAUCUAACAACAACAACAACAACCAAUGUUAGCAAGGUGCAUUGUGGGGAAUGUAGGAUCCAGCACUUUUGGAUCUUGACCCAUAUUGGGGACUAAGUCAGGAUAUUAUUUUGGCCACUGUUGUUUGAACAGAUUAAUCUGCUGACAGUUUGUAAUUGAUGGUUUGGCAGAUCAGAUUUAUCAUACUUGGCGGCUUUGUCCUGGAAUCUAGGAAUCUUUUUGUUUUGUUUGUUUGUUUUUUGUUUUACCACAAACCAAUAAUCCAGAAAAGUACAACGCCACAGUAUUUUAAAAGUCAAUAUGGCUUAUGAUUUAAAUAGUCCAAUAUCGUUUAUUUGAAAUGAAGAUAUAAUUCCUCACCGUCUGUAGGUAUUUCAUUGUUGGUGGUAUCAGACAAAUUGUUAGCAUUUUUAAGAGAUCAUUUUUUGGACAAGAUACUUUUAUUUGAUAGUGGUAGUAUGAGAUAGAGACAAGUCUCACUUUCCGAGAAUGCAAACCAUGUAAAUGUUGUAUAGAUGAACUUUCCCAAAGUCCUUUGACUGUGGCUGACAUAUGCGAAUGCACAGUUCAUACCCCUCCAUUUUUGUUCUUGCACAAAAGGCCCACAGAUGCACCUAAUCAGCCGCCUCACUGUUGGUUACCUCCAGGCAGACUGAAGCUUGUUCAGAUCGGUGGUAAUGACUUCACUGGCAGUUUGAGUUGAGUACAGUAUGUUUGUUUGUCUUUACUUCAACACAGUGACAUGACCUGCUGACUGGCUCACUUUCACUAGUCUGUCCUUUCCUGCCUUUAUACAGUACAGCUGCUGUGAUUGUAGGAAACUUUACCACUGUCAAACUUUCUUGAGCAGAACAACGAGUUAUUGUUUCGCUAUGAUCAUCUUUACUGAGGGGUUUGACGGUUUAAGAUGACUGUAGUGGGUUAUGGGUGUGGAUAUAUAGUUAUAUUUUUUUAAAGGACCAGGUUCUUUCAGCCUUGCAGUUUAACCCUAUAACUCUAUACCUUCUUAUUGUGGUUGGUUUGCCCUAACUUCUUCAGUUAGACAUGAUGUGCAGAGGACAGUAUCUUGUUUGGAGGUCUUUCCUCUUUCAUAACACAAAAGGGAUAAAAGCUCAAACGUAGCUCAGUUAAGCUGUAUUUUCAUCUCACAUAUAUCACAUUUGCAUGGGUUAAAAUCUACAUUUUCCCUCUGCAACUGUUUCAGGAUAUUUCAGUGUAACAUUUCAUGUGCAACUUCUCCAGUGCUUUCGGGAUUCCACGUCAGCCCUGGUAAAUAAUUUAGUUGUGCUGAUAUUCAUAUUUUUAUUUAUUGUUUGAUGAAUGAGUGUAGAUUUCUGUGUGCAGAAUCUUGAAAGUUCUGUUCCCAGAAAGUGUUCUUGUGUCUUAAAAUGAUUUUACUAGCUGUGGUGGUCACCUAAACUAUCAAUAAAGCUGGUCCUCUUCUGUC